AUGUUGCACCUCCGGGGAGAGGCAUCGCUCACGGCCGAGCAGCUAAAGGUGCUGCAAGUUGUCACGCGCACUUCUUCCUCGCUCUCGGCCCUGGGCGUCAUCACCAUCAUCACCACCUUUUGCUUGUCGCGGCACUUUCGCAACCCCAUGCAUCGCCUCAUCUUCAUCAAUGCCUUCUACAACGCUCUCGACGUGACCUGCACCAUGAUAUCUACCAGCGGGCCGAAGGCGGGUAAUUCUUCAGCCUUGUGCCAAUUCCAGGCUUUCCUCAAUCAAAUGUUUCCGGUCGCAGACGUACUCUGGACCCUCUUCAUGGCUAUCGACGUCUUCCUCAUUGUCUUCCGUUGCUACGAUACCGAAGCGUUGAAGAGGCUCGAGUGGAAAUACAUGGCUGUAAUCACGACAGUUACAUUCAUCCCUGCCUUCACGUUCCUCUUCAUCCACACCGUCGAUAAGGGUCCGAUGUAUGGCAGUGUGACGCUGUGGUGUGCAAUCGCUCCCAAAUGGGUGCUCUUCCGAAUCAUUUGCUACUAUGUUCCCAUAUGGUCGAUGGUUCUCAUCACCAUGGUGCUGUAUUGUCUCGUCGGCAUAGAGAUCGUCAGGCGGAGACGAGCCCUCCAGUCCCUCACCAGCAACUCUGUUGCCAUGGAUGACACCGUCCUGCCCGCGACCGAUGCCUCUUAUGCCAGUUCCAGCAACACCGUGGCCAUGACUGUCGAGUUUGAUGUUUAUUCACAACGCGGGCAGAUGUCUACAUCACAUUCUGGAAACGAAUCGUUACUUACCACCUCCAAAUGCUCUGUUUCGACUCCACGCCACCCCAACACCCCCAGACGGUCGUCUCUGUCGUUCAGACAGUACAUUCUCAUGCCGCUCUUCUUUUUUCUUGCGAUGCUGUCAGUCUGGGUAGCGCCAACAACCAAUCGCGUUGCCUCUUUCGUUGAUCCUCACUUUUCGUCAUUUCCACUGUUACUUGCCGUCGGCACGACGGGCUCUCUGCGGGGUUUCUGGAACGGGCUUGUCUUCAUCACCAUUGGCAUGAAGUCUUGGAAGAGGCGCAAGGACUUGGAGGAGGGUGCACUACGCCACGUAUGAAGAGAGCCCGUGUGGUAGGAUGCACGUGAAGAGCGAGCUGCCCGAGUUACCACAGCUGGGGCGGCGGGAAAACUUGUUCCAGGGGUAGACAACACCAGGGAAGGAUUGAGUAUCGGCUGGGCAUCGCGGGGCUAUUGGUGGUGACGGCGCCGGUUGCGUGGAUCGGGUCCUCGGUCGAG